GUUUAUCAACUCAACGCUACCACGUCAACAGCAGACUUGCACUGUCAGGGUUGAAGCACUGACUGCACUAAGCUGUGGCCUCCGACGGUCUGACAAAAUGUUACCUUCUAAGCAUUCUGCACCCAAAUAUGGGUGGUUCACGACAGUUGUUGCCAUGGCAGCCUGUGUUCUGAGCAUUGUUACCAUGGUAACACUGGUGGUGGUUGUUCUGGAGGUGAGGAACUUGAGAUCAGAACUGGAGACAAAACUGCGUCACAAGGAAGCAGUUCUGGGCGGCGGAGAUUUUACAGAGUUUCAGGACGCCAAGCGCCCGGAUGGUGAUACCGAGGCAGACCCUGGGAAGGAGAGCUUGACUGGGAAAGAGAACUACCACCGGUCAAAGAGGUCCGCCAAUAGCGUCACCAUGCCCAUUGGAAGUUGCCUGCAGGGACUACCCGGACCUCCUGGUGUCCCAGGGAGGGACGGGUUACCGGGAAGAGAUGGUCAGCCGGGCGCAGCCGGUUCACCGGGGCGAGAUGGCCAGCCAGGAAGAGACGGACGAGAUGCCGGACAACCAUGCACAGUCAGUUCACCGGGAGGAGAUGGACGCGAUAGGCAACCAGGCACUGCCUGUCCUGGCCAUGGGAACUUAACCUGUCCCAGCGGCUAUGUCAAGUUCCAGGACAGGUGCUUCAAAUUCUCCAGCGACAAGCAGAACUACGUCGACGCCAGGUCCGCCUGUCAGGCUGCCGGUGCGCGUCUGGCCAUGCCUAAGGACCAGGCAACCAACGACUUCCUGCUGGCUAAUCAACUGACCAGGUAUCCCAGUGGCUCUAGCGCCUGGUUCGGUCUGACGGACCUGGCCCAGGAGGGAACCUGGGUGUGGGAGGACGGGACGCCUCUCACCGGCUGGAGCUACUGGUAUCCAGGACGACCUGACGAUUAUCAAUCUGCUGAAGACUGUGGUGAGUGGGAAGCUGGCUAUGGCUACAGGUGGAACGAUAAUCCAUGCUAUGUUAGUCAGUAUUAUGUGUGUGAAGCCAGUGCAGCCGUUCCCUAGCCCCCACCCCCAAAUAAUCAAGUACAAGUUUACUGGUCAUGGCCUGCAAUGAGUACAGAGAUUGAAGUUUGUCAGUUUGUUAUGACUUACUCUUACCUAGACAUACAAUUCUCUCCGUAUAAUGAUAUAAGGACUUUCGUAUGUUAGUCCAUUCUACCUUUGUACCAAGCUAUCCUAGUGUAUCUGCAAUAAAAAUGAAUAGUCAAAGAAUAAUCUUGACAGGUCGGUU